AUGAGCGUAGAAUCAAGCCUUUUACCAGCAAGUCAUCCAUUCACACAACAGGAAACAAAGCAUUUCUCCAAACGAAUACUUCGAUCAGCUUUACAAAAAGCAAAUGUAGCUGUUCAGUGUGAUUCGACCAACGAUGUCUUGGGAGCUGUUCAUGCUUAUACGGAAGCUAUCGAACUGCUCGAAAAGGUGUUGAACUUGAUCGAAAAAGAAAAUGAUAAGAAACGUUUACAGGAAAUACAUGAUUCUUAUUCUGAGCGUAUUCGACUUUUAACAGCUAUUGUCAUUGAAGAGGGAAAAGAAAAAGAGAUACAACCUAUAGAGAAAGGCGAUGAUGAAGACAGUGAAGACAGUGACGACGACGACGACGACUGGGAGACAAAGCCAACACUACAGAAGGCUACUGUACGCAAAAUAAUUUCUACAGAGUUUAAUCGCAACAUGACUACAUCAUCAUCAUCAUUCAGUCUGCAUUCCUCAAAGAGUACUCCUACAACACAACAACAACAACAGCAGCAGCAGUCUAAUGCUGACAAUGAAGAUUAUGACCUGGAUUCAGAUAUAGAGGCUAAGCAAAUGCCUGCAAUGACACUUCCUUCCUUGAAAAAGAAGGAAGAAGAACUAUCACCAUCAUCACCUGCGACGCCUACAGCAAUAGCCUAUAUCAGGCCUUAUCGUACUCGAACAAGCAGUUUACCUAAAGUGCCGAGGUCUUCCUCAAUGUCUACUGUCGAAUCAUUGGAUGAAGAGCAGCAGCCAACUAAAGUGCGCACCUCCGCCAUAGGAUCUAUGCGAAAAAAGACUGUCAAUCGAUUGUCCGUCGAAGGCCUCGUCGGGCGAAAAUCGGCAGGUUAUACACACAGCACCGGAAGUCCGUCAUUUGGGCAUUUCUUAAAAGACCAAACGCAGGACACAGAGGAGGUUAAGGAGCAUCAACAACUCAAGCUACUUUUGGCACUGGAAAAGAGUAUGCAGCAAGGCGCUUAUGUAACAAAGAAAUUAUAUAUACCCAAAAGCCUAUGGCAGCAGCACAACGUUAAGCUAUCAUUUGUAGAUAUCAAAAUAUCCGCCUGUGAAACACUGGCGAAUGAUAUUCAUCGACUUGAAAAUUGGGCUUAUUUAGAUGAUUUACUAAGUUCAUUAAGGCUAUUGGAGCACGUGGAGACAUCAGUAGAGAGUUUAAAGACCAAUCUAUCAAAAAAGUUCAAGAGAGAAAGUACAAAUGGAGGUAAUCAGACAAGUAGUGCAGGUCAUACAAAUGGUACCACAAAGGUUGAAACCGCCAAAAAGUCAAGUCAGUCAUUCAUGUCGUGGGGGACAAAGCUGACAAAAUCAGUGGAACGUAUGAAUGCCUUUAGUUUAACAAAAGGAGAGGACCAUUAUAAACAGUAUAUUGAAGCCCUAGAGAGGCUUUUGAAGAAGAUUCAUACGUUAGAAAAAUGGUUAAAUUAUUAUCAUGAAGAAAAGAAAAGAACAAAUGAUCCACGAUGUGAAAUGAUGCUUGUGAAAUUGAGUAAAGUCUGUGAUGUGAUUAAUACAAUCAUAGGUGGAUUUGUGGUUCGAGAUAUGACCGUUCUACUUGCCAAAUGGCUAAAACGGGGAGGUUCAUGGGUGAGCGAAUAAGUGAUUAAACCACUGUUUUUAUCCUCUUUUUAUACAUUUAUACAUACAUAUAUAUACCUUAAAUAUAUUAAUG